UCAUGAGUAGUAGCAUGAAGCGUCUCUCCUUGCUCCUGUUCUUCGUCGUCCUUAACCAUCUUUCAGAGCUUGCUACUGGGCAAGAUGAAUUCGUCUACUCCGGCUUCACUGGGGCAGACCUCACCCUCGACGGCGUGGCUACAAUCACACCCAAUGGCCUACUUGAGCUGACCAAUGGAAGCUUCCGUCUCAGAGGCCAUGCUUUUCACCCGACUCCAAUCCGGUUUGGCAAUGGAUCCUCCUUUGCCGUCUCUUAUCUGUUUGCUAUCUACUGUGCCAAUUCCAAUCUCUGCGGCCACGGCAUGUCCUUUCUCGUUGCUGCUAGCAACAACUUCUCGGACACAAUGCCGACCCAGUACUUGGGCCUCAUCAACGACCGCAACAACGGCUAUGCAACCAACCGCUUCUUCGCUGUGGAACUCGACACUAACUGGAACGAUGAGUUCAGGGACAUCGACAACAACCAUGUUGGAAUCGACAUCAACGGUCUCGAUUCUGUCAACUCCAGCAGCGCGGGCUACUACCACGAUGACGGUAACUUCCAAAACUUGACACUCGCGAGCUAUCAAGUGAUGCAGGUGUGGGUGGAAUAUGAUGGAGAUAGCAAAAAGAUCGAUGUGAGCUUGGCUCCCAUACACAUGGCGAAACCAAUCACACCACUACUCUCCACCACCUAUAACCUCGCAACGGUGCUCACAGAAGACAUGAUUUAUGUCGGGUUCUCAGCCUCCACAGGCUCAUUCAUCUCACGGCAGUAUGUGCUUGGUUGGAGUUUCGGCAUCAACAGGCGUGCUCCAGCAAUUGACAUCACCAAGCUGCCCAAGCUACCUCGUGAAGGCUCCAAGCCUAGAUCCAAGGUACAGAAAAUCCUACUGCCAAUACUUACUGCAGCAUUUGUUCUUGUUCUGGGCACUACUAUCAUUCUUCUUGUUCGAAGGCGACUAAGGUAUGCUGAACUAAGAGAAGAUUGGGAAACUGAAUUUGGGCCACAUAGAUUCUCAUACAAGGACUUGUUUCAUGCAACCCGAGGAUUUAAGAGCAAGAAUCUACUAGGUGUUGGAGGAUUUGGAAAGGUAUACAAGGGAGUGCUUCCAAAGUCUAGAGUGGAGAUUGCUGUGAAAAGGAUCUCCCAUGACUCCAAGCAAGGAAUGAAAGAAUUUGUCGCUGAGGUUGUAAGUAUCGGCCACCUCCAACACCGUAAUCUUGUACAAUUGCAUGGCUAUUGCCGUCGCAAAACGGAGCUUCUUUUGGUGUAUGAAUAUAUGUCGAAUGGAAGUCUUGACAAGUACUUGUAUGAUCAAGACGAGAAGCCUACUUUAACUUGGGCCCAAAGAUACAAAAUCAUUAAAGGAAUUGCAUCCGGCUUGCUUUAUCUUCACGAGGAAUGGGAGAAAGUUGUACUGCAUCGAGACAUCAAGCCAAGCAAUGUGCUCCUUGAUGAUGAACUAAAUGGGCGACUUGGUGAUUUUGGCUUAGCAAGGUUAUAUGACCACGAUACAGGCCCUCAAACUACACAUGUGGUUGGCACCAUUGGAUACCUAGCUCCUGAGCUAGCAUGCACCAACAAAGCAACCCCUCUUAGUGAUGUAUUUUCGUUUGGCAUGUUUGUUCUUGAAGUCACUUGUGGGCGAAAGCCCAUCGACCCAACAUCACAACUCAUGUUGUCUCAAUGGGUGCUUCACAAUUGGCAGCAAGGAUUUCUCACAGAUGCAGUGGAUACCAAGCUCCAAGGUGACUACAAUGUUGAUGAGGCAUGCCUAGCUCUCAAGUUAGGAUUGCUCAGCUCACACCCAUUAGUCAAUUUAAGGCCCAGCAUGAGGCAGGUUAUGCAGUAUCUCAACGGUGACAUGGCACCCCCAGAUCUGAAUCCGACACAUAUGAGCUUCAACAUUAUAUCCUUGAUGCAGAACAAAGUUUCGAUCUACAGUGACAAUGAACUAGCAUCACAAUAG